UUCAGAUGCACGCUGAGAAACAUCAACAACCCAAGACUGCGCUUCAUGGGCGAUAGCGAGAUAUUUCGCUUGUUUUUAACAUAUUGUCAGCGUUUCAGUGAAAAUGGACGACCAGGAAAUGCAGCUGAAAGUUAAACGAGUAACGGAUAAGUUCACGGAGAGCAUGUAUGUUCUGGCGAAUGAACCCUCCAUAGCCCUGUACCGCUUACAGGAGCACGUCAGAAGAUCACUGCCGGAGCUGGUUCAGCAUAAGACAGACAUGCAGAGCUGGGAGGAACAGAGCCAGGGAGCAAUAUAUACUGUGGAAUAUGCUUGCAGUGCUGUGAAAAGCAUGACCAACAGCAGUCUCUACUUUAAAAACAUUGACGGGCUGUUAAGGCAAGCCAUCGCAAUGAAGGAACAGAUCAGCAGUUCUCAAGGACGCAGUGGUGUGAAGCCUGCACCCAAUCACAAUGACCCUCCAACACAUGUCUCUUCCACAUCAUCUUGACAUAUGGAAAUCUAUUGCCAAGAAAAAGAGCUGUGGAUCCUAGUAUAAUGAGGGACGGUGGUGAGAAGCAGAAUUCUGGUAUAUGAAGUGCAGUUACUGGUCGACGGAAUGGAUACUAUGCCAGAGUGAACCUCAUUCCAUCUUAAGAGUGCAAUUCCUCUUGGAUUUCAAGCCUUUGGCACUCAGUGCUGGGCUGGAAUGAAAGUGAGCCCUUUGCUAGACUCUCCAUUACAGUAUUUUAUCAAGAGUUUGAAAGAGAGGAUUGUUCUCAGCUGCAAUUAAAUACAUUGCCAUAGUGCUGAAAUACUGUACAGUAAUACUAAUAUUGCAUUAUGAAUGCUUACUUUUAACCGAUAUUCUGAAAUGUUUUCUUUUUUUACUGAUUUAACAUUGAUUUCUAGCGUAUGUGUCAUUAAAAUGACUGAGAAUAUAACUGGGUGAAUAUUGAUUAGUUGGUUGGUUUUCCAGGCAGGGAUUAAACCUAGUCCUGAACAACAAAUCAUUCUAAAUGGAUAAACUCAGUUGAAAGGAAAAUGUAGUCCAUAACAAGGCUUAAUACUGUUUACUGACGUCUCUCACCUCCCAAGUAAACAGAGAUUCCAAGGCAGAACAAUCCAAUGGCGACAUGCCGGACAGACCUGCUGUCCAACAGAAACCAGUCAGCUCUGAGAGAAGAGAAAGUCAUAAGGUCAUUUCCAGUUUGGCAGCCAAUUUAACUCUGAAUGAACAUGCAGAGAGAAGUUAAAGAGUGCCAUCAUUACACAUCAUAUAGUAGUUUUUGGGCUAAAACAUAUCCUAUAUGGACAACAGCCUUUUUUUUGCUAUAAGCACUAUAAGCAGUAAGGUCCCCCGGGUCAUGAGGCGCCCCAGUGAUAUACGUUUUUUCCCUGUGAUAUUUUAUGAAGAAAAAACUGACUUUGCUUCCAAAAAAAUCAAGAAUGCAGAAGUAAUUCACCCACAACAUAAAAGCAUUUGAUUUACUUGUUAGUCUUUCAGAUUAGGACCGCCCAACCUAUUUUUCUUGGCUGGGGCAAGACGACCAAACAAUUUACAAACAAAGAAAGUAGAUAGGUGUCAAAUUGAGCAUUUGAUACUGAAAUGUAAUAAAAAAUACAAAUUUAAAAUAUGAAAAAAUCAUGGAAAUAAGAUUUUAGGUACAUGCAGAAUAAAAUAUCGCUGCUCUUGGAACAAAAUCUCGUAUCUCCAUAUCUGUUGUUUUUUCAGGUUUGGAUGCCAUUUGAAAAUGCCUGUUGCCUUUUACAUAGUGUUUAAAAUUUUUAAUAAAUGAACCUAAAAAACAGCCCAAAAUGACUUGGGGGCGGGGGUAGUCUGGUUCCAUUGACUUAUACAUUAAAAGUGAACUAUGUAAAGUCAUUUUGGAGAUACAGUGUUUAGUUCCAUUAGCAGCGAGGUGUAGUUAAGUGGCUGAGGGGUCGGGGUAAAUUUUUGAGUAGGUCGAAAUCAAACAUUCUCACAGGCCAACUUUGGGCAGCACUGAUCUCUGGAGUUGUAAUCAAGUUUUCACUAUAGUUCACUGUUACCAUUUUGUAUACCUUAGCAUAUAUUAAACGUUUCCUGAUCAAGACGAA